AUGGAGGACGUUGAAGACUACGGGGUGCUCCAGCCGUCGCUGAAGCGGACGCUGCGGACCUUCUGGCGUGCCUCUGGGCACCGCCAUGUUAAACGGUUCACGCGAGAGGUCUAUCACCGCUCAGACAUCGGCUGUGGCGUCGACCGCUGCAAGUCGUGCGUGCGUUCGCAAGUCCAGGGCGAACUGGACGGCAGUCAACCGCUGCUCGUGCUCACCGUCGACGUUAUUAUGAAGCAGAUGACCUUCUGCGAGCAAUGUCUGGAUAACUGCGUCAUCCCUGCGACGGUCCUUAACGAGGUUCGCCGUCGCAGCCUUGGCAUGUACGCGCGCAUAAAGAAGCUAUUGCUGCCAGGAAAUCCGGUAGCGGAGCUGGCCAAUGGCAACGGCUCCGAGGAUGCUGAGACAGCCGAUGAAACUGGUACACGUGUUAGACGCUUCUACCUCUUCUCUAACGAGAACUUUGAACCCACCUAUGUUCCGGAGAACGACGACGAAACGCCGGCUGAACGCGACCACCGUCUGAUAGAGAAAUGCGCAACGUGGUACCAAUCCCACCUCCCCCGAUGCCGUGUCAUACUGCUGAGCAACAGCGAGGAUGAAGGUUCGUCAGACGAGUCGCAAGACGCAGUUUCACUGGACCCUACGUUGUCCGCUCCAAGCUAUGCAUCGCAUGCUACAGGGAUGGACAUUUCACCUCGAGGUCCAUCAGCCGUAGACGGAGGGAGAACGUAUUUUGAACGGCUUACGGUGGAGGAGUGGGCUCAGGAGCUGAAGCCCAAAAUCGCCGAUGCGCUGGAGUACGUCGCGGCAGCACGGCCAGAAUCUGGAACCCGUGGCGCCGCUGCCGACGAUGAUGAGUGCUACCCUGCGCACCUUACGGAAUCGGAGAUGCAGGCUGGCAUAGAGACCGGCCGCUACUACAGCGGCGUGCUCAACAUGUUCGCGGGAUCCUUCCAAAACGGCUAUGUGAAAUGCGGCAAGGACGAGUUCAAGGUGUCCGGAACUGCCAACCUGAACCGCGCCAUCCACGGAGACAACGUUUGCAUCGAAGUUAUCGUCGGAGAGCAAUUAAAUAUGGGCACGCCAGCAAGCGCGUCUGCCGCGGAAGCUGGUGCACCAGAGGAACUUGUUGGCGAAGAGUCGGACCGCGCCACCAUCCUCGAUGCCACGAAGGACGAGAAGCCGGCUGAGUGCAUAAAGCAGGAGUGCCGUGUGGUGGGGAUCAUACGCCGCAACUGGAGGGAAUACUGCGGUUCGCUGAUGCCCGUCGACGAGGCGGCCGACAUCACUGGCACCCACCAUGCGGUGCAGCGCGUGUUCGUCCCGGUGGAUGCACGCAUCCCGUUCAUCUUCAUCGACACCCGCAAGUCGGGUGAACUGGACGGCAAGCGCAUUGUUGUCGCUAUCGACAGCUGGGACCGUUUUUCGCGCAAACCAUCCGGUCACUGGGUCGAGGUACUGGGGGAUGUCGAGGACAUGGAGACCGAGAGUGCAGUGAUCCUGCGGGAACACGAUGUCAUCACUCGCGACUUCCCGGCGCCCGCAUAUAAGGAGCUGCCUCCGCCCAAUUGGGCGCCGAGCGAGGAAGAGAUUGCUCGCCGCAUGGACUUCCGAAACCAACUCGUCUUCUCAGUCGACCCUCCCGGUUGCAAGGAUAUCGAUGACGCCUUGGGAUAUCGUGUGUUGGACAAUGGCCACGUGGAAGUGUCAGUGCACAUUGCCGAUGUCACCCACUUCGUGCGACCUGACAGCUGGCUCGACCGGGAGGCUUCCCAGCGCUGCACCACGGUCUACCUGGUGGACCGACGUACCGACAUGCUUCCGUCCCUGUUGACAACGAACUUGUGCUCGUUGGUUGAGAACCAGGACCGUCUGUGCUUCUCCGUGGUGUGGGAAUUCGACAGCAAAAACGAAAUAUGCAACACGAAAUUCGGCAAGGGCAUCAUCCGCAGCUGCCGCGCAUUCAGCUACAAGGACGCCCAAGCGCUCAUCGACGCCGGUGGGAGCGACGAGAUCACGCAAGCUUUGAAUGGCCUCAACAGGCUCGCGAAAAUGCUCCGAGCCAAGCGCUUCGAACGGGGUGCCGUGGAACUGGAGUCACCAGAUGUGAAGUUCGAAUACGAGCUGACUGACAUUCGCAAGAUGGAGAAAUAUGUGCUUUAUGACACAAACCGCAUGGUCGAAGAGUUCAUGUUGCUGGCUAACGUCAGCGUCGCAACCAAGAUCUUCGAGAGGUUCCCCACCUGCGCGCUGCUCCGUCGGCACCCGCCGCCCAUGGAGGUACGCCUGAAGGCGCUGCAGCGAUCGCUCUCCCAACACCAGCUGGAGUUUGAAUUCGGUAACUCACGCGACCUCAACUGCUCGCUGAAACGCAUUGUGGAGAAGAGCGAUAAUCGCCUGGGCAGCGCCCUCCGUAUCAUGACCACGAGGUGCAUGAGUCAGGCAGUCUACUGCAGUUCGGGCGACACAGGCUCGGAUGAUUUCCGGCAUUACGGGCUGUGCACCGACCUGUACACCCACUUCACGUCGCCCAUCCGUAGGUACGCAGACGUCGUGGUCCACCGCAUGCUGGCGGCCGCACUCGACAUAGAGGCCAUGGACACCGGCUUCUUCCAGGAGCUACCCGCUCAAUGCGAGGCGCUGAAUAGAAGGCAUCGGAACGCCAAUUGGUGUGGCCGCGAGUCGAUCAAGCUCUUCGCGUAUCUGUUCUUGAAGAAGCAGGGCAGUGUCUCCACGGUAGCGACCGUGGUGGGGGCGACCGAGAAGCGCAUUAGCCUGCUGGCCCACGAUUUCGGGAUCGAGGCGACUGCAAGCGUCGACGUGGCUGCAUUCGACCCGGAGACGCAGCGCGUCACCCUAUCGUCGGGCCGCCACGUCAAUUUGUUCGACCACGUAAAGAUCACGCUCAACUCGAGCAACAAGCAUUUCAGGUACAACAUCACGGCGGAACUGUUGUGA